AUGGCCGACGAGAUCGUGCCCGAUCCCACCGCGGCUCUUGCUGCAGCCCUCGCCGUGGUCCUACCUGCCGCCGCCCCUUCGAAUCCUGCUGCCUCUCUCGCCACCAUCAAUAUCAAAACUCACCUCCCAAUCACCCUGGAACUUCACCCGCCCAAUUAUCGUGCCUGGCGUGAGCUUUUCACCACCCUCCUCGGCAAGUUCGGCGCUGGUCACCACAUCGAUGGUACGCCGGUGCCUGACCCGGUCACGCCGGUGUGGACGACGACGGAUUUCUCUGUCCGAUCCCUCCUCUACUCGUCCAUCUCUCCGAAGCUGAUGAACAAGGUGAUGACGCCCGCCGCAAACGCCCGCACCAUCUGGCUGGCGAUCGAGGCGCAGUUCCAGAACAACAAGUCGUCGCGGGCCCUUGCGUUGGAAGCGGACUUCCGCAAUCUCGCGCAAGGCAACCUCUCCUUCUCCGACUACAGCGAGCGCCUCAAAUCAUACGCCGACGGGCUCGCCGAUCUCGGAUUCCCCGUCAACGAGCCGACUCUGGUCCUCACGCUCAUUCGAGGCCUAAGUCCGACUCUUCGUCACAUGGGGACCCUCAUCAAAUCCCGGGAUCCCCUGCCGACGUUCAGCACUGCGUGCUCCAUGCUGGAACUUGAGGAGGCGGAUCUCAAGACCCCGCAGCCUGGCGAACAAACGGCGCUGGUAAUGGCGCCUCAACCGCCGGCGCCCCAGCCGCCCGCUUCCCCUUCGGUGCCCCAGCAGUUCUCUUCUGCGCCGCGGAACAACAACAAGAACAGGUACAAGAACAAAAAUCGCAACAGUGCACCAUCCUCCGGCCGGUCUGGCGCGCCCGGCGGUUCCGGCGGUUUCGGCGGUUUCCGUCCGUUCCUGAACCCCUACACCGGCACCUUCCAGAUGUGGCCAAUGCAGCCUACCCAGGGCGUGCUUGGUCCACGUCCCGGCGUUCCGCAUCAGGCCAUGUUCGCUGGCGCCCCUCCCGGAUUCCCAAUCGUCAAGGCGCUGCGUUAUCCAUUUAGUGAUUAA